AUAUAUAUAUAUGCCAUUUUACAACUUGAUCAAAAAGCAAUCAAAACAAUGGCGAAACCCAGUCUCCUCUUCGCUCUAGCAGCAACAAUCCUCUCUCUAGCCACCGCCGCAUUCUCAGCCAACGCCGCCGUCAAGCCCCACAAAUUAACCCCCAGCCUUCAGGCAGCGCCGCCGCCACGGGUCUUCGGAUAUCACCCACACCAAGCUCCGCCCCACUCCAAAAAGAACCACAGACUAAUACACGCACAUCCGCCGGCGGCGGCGCCGCCUACUAUUAGCGGAGAAAGAGGUGCUCUGCCGCCGGAGCCUUACCAGGGCUUCUACGAAUUCACCGACCGGUGCUUGGAUAAGCUGACGGAGGAAUGCGGUCUGGAGAUUUUCCAGGGAAUAUUCUGGGAGGACGAGGUGGCGGAAAUCAGCCGCAAGUGCUGCCAGAAGCUGGUGGCGGUGGGGCGGAGCUGCCACGAAGGGUUACUGAAGGCGACGAUGAAGCUGCCGGGGCUGCCCAAGAGAGACAAGAGUGUGGUAAAGAGGAGAGAUGCUCAACUCUGGUCGAACUGCGUCUCGAUUAUCGGUGUUCCUCAUAAGUUUGGCGGAUCUCCAUCGCCCUCCCCAUCAUGACAACACACAUAUUUUUCGUUUAUUCGACACGAUGUUUUAUUGCAUAACUAUCGAUACAGUUAAACA